AUGUUUCGAUCUAGUUUGGAGGCAAUGGCCCUUAAACGAAUCCAGAAGGAAUUCCUUGCCAUGUCUCAUGAUCCGCCAGCCCAGUGUUCUGCAGGUCCAGUGGCAGAAAACAUGUUUCAAUGGCAAGCUACCAUAAUGGGACCUGACGACAGCCCCUACCAGGGUGGGGUAUUUUUCUUGACCAUUCUCUUUCCAACCAAUUAUCCCUUCAAGCCCCCCAAAAUUUCAUUUAUCACUAAAAUCUACCAUCCAAAUAUUAGCAAAAAUGGAAGCAUCUGUCUAGAUAUAUUGGAUUCUCAGUGGUCACCUGCACUUACAAUUUCCAAAGUUCUUCUUUCUAUCUGUUCUCUAUUGUGCGAUCCAAACCCAGAUGAUCCUCUAGUUCCGGAAAUUGCGAGGGUCUACCGCAAGGAUUUUAGGGAGUAUGAUAAAUUAGCUCGAGAGUGGACGAAAAGAUAUGCCAUAUAA